CUUAAAGUAUAAAACGACUGCAAAUUAGCACUGAAUGUAUUAUUCGUAAAUAUGAAAGUGUUGUGGUUCUUAGCUCUGGGCUGUUUAGCGGUUUCCGCUUCUGUGUUUGAUGAGGAUGACACACGCAUCCAUGGUGAAAAUGGCUGGUAUGUUCCGCAAGAAGAUGGCACCUACCAAUGGGUAGACAUGCAGGCUGCUGAGUCCUAUCUCGAGGCCAUGGAAAAUAUUGAUGAUUUUGGUUUGACCACCGCCCCGGUAAAAUACUAUUUGUAUACUAAAUCGAAUCCCACCAAGGGUAAAAAGAUCACCGCCAGUGCCAAAUCCAUAAAAGCAUCCAAUUUCAAUCCUGCUCAUCCUACCAGAUUUGUAAUACACGGCUGGGUCCAAAGUCGCCUCUCGGGUAUGAACAAGGAUAUACGCAAUGCCUGGUUGAGUUUGGGCGAAUACAACGUUAUUGUCGUCGACUGGGCUCGUGCUCGUUCUGUGGAUUAUGCCACUUCCGUUUUGGCGGUGCCCAAGGUAGGCAGAAAGGUGGCCAGCAUGAUUGAUUAUUUGGUGAAAAACCAAGGCAUGUCUUUGGAUAGUUUGUAUGUGAUUGGACACAGUUUGGGUGCUCAUGUUGCUGGUUAUGCUGGCAAGAAUGUUAAGAGUGGUCAAAUUCAUACCAUCAUUGGCUUGGAUCCUGCUUCACCUUUAUUCAACUACGAAAAACCCAAGAAACGUUUGUCCAGCACUGAUGCUUUUUACGUGGAAUCCAUACAAACCAAUGGUGGUGGUUUGGGUUUCUUAAAACCCAUUGGCAAGGGUGCCUUCUAUCCCAAUGGUGGCAAGUCUCAACCUGGUUGUCCUUUGGAUAUUGCUGGAGCUUGUGCUCAUGGUCGCUCUGUUACUUACUAUGCCGAAGCUGUUGCUCAGGAUAAUUUCGCCACCGUGAAGUGUGAAAAUUACCAGGAUGCUGUGGCCAAAGAUUGUGGUGCCACUUACAGUUCUGUGCGCAUGGGUGCUGAUAAAAACUCCUUUAUGGUUGCUGGAGACUUCUAUGUGCCAGUGAACAGGAAGGCUCCUUUUGGCGUGUUGGCUUAAUAUUGGAUUUUUGUUGAAUAAAUUGAAAGAUUCUGAAAUUUUAAA